AUGGAGAAGAAGAGUUUCCAGAGAUCUGCUCUGCUUGUGACCUUGUCCAUCUUCUUUUUCUUCAUUCCGGUUUCAAUCUCUGUUCCAUUCAUUCUCCUUCACGGGAUUCAAGAUCAAUGCUCCAAUGGUGGAGUGAGCAGCUUCACACAUCUCCUUAGCAACCUCUCUAGCUCCCCUGGAUCUUGCUUAGAAAUAGGAAAUGGAGAGCAAGAUUCCGUGUCAAUGCCGCUUACGCAACAAGCGAGUUUAGCGUGUGAGAAAGUGAAAAAGAUGAAAGAACUGAGUCAGGGUUACAACAUUGUUGCACAGUCUCAAGGAAACUUAGUAGCUAGAGGUCUUAUCGAAUUUUGCGACAGUGCUCCUCCUGUCUUCAACUAUGUCUCCUUAGGAGGUCCUCAUGCUGGCAUCUCCGACAUCCCCACGUGUACUUCUCAAGUAUGCAAGUUGCUGAAAACAGAAGUCUACACUGACUAUGUCCAAGAUCAUAUUGCUCCAAGUGGUUAUAUCAAAAUCCCUACCGAUAUAAAAAAGUACUUGGAGCACUCCAAGUAUCUGCCAAAGCUCAACAACGAGAGACCUAAAGAGAGGAACUCAACUUUUAAACAACGUUUCACCAGCUUGCACAACUUGGUCCUCGUCAUGUUCCAGAGUGAUAAAGUAGUCAUUCCUAAAGCAAGUUGUUGGUUCGGAUAUUACCCGGAUGGAGCUUCAAAACCUCUUUUGUCUCCUCAAAAGACAAAGCUCUAUAGAGAGGACUGGAUUGGUCUGAAAACAUUGGAUGUUGCUGGAAAAGUGAAGUUUGUGAGUGUCCCUGGAGAGCACUUGCAAAUGGCGAAAGAUGACGUUGUGAAAUACGUUGUGCCUUACCUCCAGAACCAACCUAAGUUUUCUUCUUAA